AUGGACUCAUAUAAUUUAUUUGAUGAUGGAAGCGGUAUGUUGGAAGGACUUACUGAUCUUGGUGGAUCAGACAGCUUUGCUGGAGGAGCAGCACCAGGAGUAACGGGAGAUAACAAAGAUACAGCUGAUAAUACUUACAGGCAACCAUACAGCCAAACCAGUGUGCCACAGGAUGGAUCAAUUCAGAAAUUGGCUCCCUUUGGAGGACCUGGUGCCAUAAAUAGCAGUGCACAGCCAGUUCCUAACCCAGGCACUGCUCCCUCUGCACCUGAAUAUCAUGAGUAUGGAAGUUAUCCCCCACGUCCACGUCUGCCACAACCUCCACAUGCUCCGCUGCAUCCAUCACAUCAUGUGCAUCCUUCACAUGCAUAUCCAGGCUACCAUCCUGGGCCAGAGCCAAUGUAUGCUUUACCUGACCAACCAGGCAUUGGAGAAAUGGGAGUGUGGUCUGGACCUCCAAGUGCCAACAGAUAUUCUCCCAUAACACCAAGCUACCGACAUAACUAUGAUCAUCAACAAAAAAUGCAUCAAUAUCCACCGCAACAGGGAUCAGCAAUUGGAAGUUUACAAUCACAAAAUGGGGCUUAUUUACCAAGACAGCCUCACUUCUCACAGCCCACAUCACAACAAAUAUAUGGACAACAACAGAACUAUCCUAACUACACACAGAUGCAUCCACCAGCUGCGUCAAGAAUCAGCCAACACCCUACUUAUCACCAACAGAUGGAUGUAAAUCCACAUCAGUAUGGAAUACCACAUGGUCAACAAAGUCAUGCACCAAUACCACAACAUCAGACUCACCAAAAUAUGGCUGGACAUACUGGUGGCAUGGGCUCUGGAAUACAAAAUCAUCCUAAUGUGCAUCUUCAUCAUCCAGGAGCUCCACCACUACAUCACGUUCCCAGACAAUCUCCAGUGCCGCCAUCUUCGGUAGCAUCUUCACAUUCAGUAUCAGGCCAGAUGCCUUUCGCAUCUCCCCAUCAUUCUGUUUCAAUGAAUUAUCAGACUCAUCAAAUACAACAUCCAUUAGAUGUAAAUGUAACUAAUCAAUAUGGCCCUGUUAAAUCGACUGGCAUUGAGACUGGAAGUCCUCAAUACAGACCACCAUUUCCACAGCUUUCUCCACAGAUGUCUCCAAGGUCUCAAAUUUCUCCUCGGCAGCAGCAGGCACAGUCACAACUAUCUCCUCGCCCAGUUAUGUCCCCCGUUAAAGGUCCUAGUGCUUCGCCGCAUAGCUCUCGAAAUUUAGUGCAAUCACCAGUUUCUACAGGUCCUUCAACUGCUUCUGUACAAUUUGCAUCACAAAAUACUCUUCAGGCACUUGAACAAAUGGUGUUACCUGCUGGAUCGGAAUAUCCAUAUCAACGCAAUCCUGCAUCUCCUGCUGUACCACAUGUGGUAUCUUCGCCAUCACAAUGGAAUCAAAAUAAAAUCCCUUCUGCAAGUACAGUGACCCAGACUGAUAAUAGUGAGCAGCCUGCAAAAACUUCGGAACCCACUCAAGUACUGCAACCCAUUAAGCCAGAAAUAGCCAAAAAUGUGACUGCGACUAAUACGGAAUUGAAACCUAUAGAGAAAAUUGAAUCUGAUAGUGACAAAACGACUGAAAGUACAUCUCUUACAUUUGUACCACAAACUAAUAUCAGUAAUAUUUCGAAAGAUAAUAUGACUAGUGUUGCGUCAAACAGCAAUUCUUUGUCGAUUGCUAGUAAUAUUAAUAACCCUAUUUCUGUAGAAAACACAGAAAAGACGCAUGAUAAUUUUUCUGGGAGCAGUCUAAUUACUGACAGUAAGAUGGAUAAUUUACCCAAAAAAGAAGACGAAAAUGAUGAUAAUAAUUUACAAAAAUCGUAUAACACUGAUCAUAAAGCAGAAACUGAACAAAAAUGUAAUGAAAAUUCGAAUUUACUAGAAAUGCAAACAAGCCAAACUACGACAUUGCCGCCUGUUACCUUAACUACCACAAGUUCAACUAGUGAACAUCCGCAAGUACGAACAUCCCAGCAAGUGCACAUGCCUGCAAUUACCAAUACAAGUACAAGUCAGUACGAAAGUUUGCCAAACAUGAACAUUAGUAGAUCUUCAGUUUACCAGGCAGCAAAUAUACAAAAUAUAGCAACAAAUAUGCCUAAUAUCAACAUGCCCCAAGUAAUUCCACCUAAUAUAUCAACAAAUAUCCCAUCUUCAGUUCAUACUAGUGUUCCUCAUGGCAUAUCCUCUGGUUUUCAAACUGGUUCUGCUACUGGGACACCAACGAUUUCUAAUUUACCAGCAAACUUACAACCAAAUCAUACUAUUCAACAUACAAGCCUUACAAAUCCUGUUUCGUCUAGUAUGUCCGUUCAUAAUUCACAAAGUGCUAUACCACCCAUUCCACCUACAAUGCAAGGUAAUAUACAAUCAAAUAUACCUAAUGUUUCCAGUCCUAUAACAGCAAUGGGACAGCAAACUGUACCAUCAAAUAUGACAAAUGUAGUGGGUCAUCCUAUGAAUGUUCAAAAUUUACAUACACCCAUACCUUCAAAUCAAACUAGCAUUGUGCCAAAUAUGCCUCAUAAUGUAAAUGCCAACAUUAUGAUGAUAGGACCAAAUUCUAUCCCACAUCCCAGUAUUUCUACUAUGUAUCCAGCUUCACAUCACCAGGAACGAAUGGCUCUUCAGCAACAAAUACAAGAAAUUUAUUGCUUACCACCUUCUAAUGAAAAUCAAGAAAAGGUCAGAUGUUUACAAGAAAGACUAGCUUUAGUACAACAACACGAGUCUAAUGAUAAAUGCAAUGGUGGACCAAAUUGUACUUUGCAAAACCCUGUUCUAUAUGGUGCUAAAAUGGUAGAAAGUCCUCAAGUCACUAGUACUACAGGGCGUGGAAGAGGUAAAGGGCCUGCUAAACCAAGAAAACCAAGAGCUAAAAAAGAGAAGUUUGUAGUUGCACCACAACCUUUAGAUCAGCUGCCUGUAUCUGAGGAUUGCGUCACAGCUGGGACAGGUAUACAAAGUAACUCUGAAUUGGAUUUAGACUUAAGUGAAGAUAUUACGAAUUUAGAUAGCAGUGCAAUUUCUAUUGAUGAUGUGAAUGGUGGUAAGAUCAGAAAACAAAGGGGGCCACGGAAAAAUAAAGAACGAAAACCUCGAACACCUAAGGAACCCAAAGUUAAAGAAUUAGGUGACAAACCAGUUAAAGAACGAAAGAAACGUGAACCUCGAGAUCCAAAUGCUCCGAAAAGAAAAAGGAGCUCAAAAAAGGAUGCAUUAGACAUUCAAGCUGAUACUACAACUUCCUAUGAAAUGCUAGAUAUUGAUAAAGAUGCUAAACCAAGUGAAUUAUCUAUAAACCAAAGUAUCUCCAAUCAAGACACGCUUAAUAUGACUAAAACCUCACAAGACCUUAAUUUAGAUGAGACGAAUGUUACUGAUUUCGAUGAUAUUCCAGUUUCUAAAAUAGCUAUUAAGGACCUGUUAGAGGAAGCAGAAGCAAAGCGAGAACAAGGUGAUAAAGAUGAAGAUACGGAUUCUAUUUGCCAAAAAAGAAAAUCAAAGAAACGGGCAUCUGCUGGUGGUAGUUGUAAAAAAAUGACAUUGAAAAAACCUUUAGGCGGUGGAAGAAAAAGAAAGCGAGGGGGGUUGAUUCCAGAUUCUGACGGUGAACCGGAUGAUAUGAUGUCAACGCCCCCUCCUUCACCGCCACCAGAAGCGGAUGACAGUCUAAAAAGACGAUCUGCUAGAAAUACUCAACGUAAAAAAUAUACUGACGACGUAAUGCUACGUUUAUCAGAUGAUGAAUUCACUUUGUCCGCUCAAAAAACAGACAAAGAACCAAAGUCCGAAGAUUUAGACGCCAAAGAAAAUGUUAGACCUGAAGGUAUGCCUAAACCUAAUUAUAUUUACGUGAACACGACAGACGAAGAUGCCAUGAUAGUUCACCAUGUAUUAGCAUGUCGUAUGGGAAAACGAGAACUAAAGAAUGAACCUUUAUCUAAUGAAACCUUACCAAAACAAGUAGAAGGAGACGCUCCUGAUUCUGAGCUCGAUCUUGCUACUAGUGAGCCAUGGACAGGAGACAAUGAAGAUGCAAGUGAGGAAAGAAAAAGUGUAAAUAAGGCAGUACCUACACCAGAUUGUGAAGUUAGGACUCUCGAACCCGCCAAUGAGGUACAAAAGUCGGAAAAAAGUUCUAAUUUUGAAAAAGAGAAUAAUGAACUUAAAAAUAAAAAGCCUAUCAUGGUAGAUGUUGAGGAAUAUUUUGUAAAAUACCGGAACUUCUCAUACCUUCACUGUGAAUGGAAAACUGAAGAAGAAUUGUAUAAAGGAGAUAAGAGAAUAUUUUCUAAAAUUAAGCGAUUUAAACAAAAACAAGCCCAACAACUGAAUAUUUUUGAAUUAUUAGAUGAUGAACCAUUUAACCCAGAUUAUGUGGAAGUAGAAAGAAUUUUAGACAUGUCAGAAAAUCAAGACCCUGCCAAUAACACAGUUGUAAAACAUUAUUUAGUAAAAUGGAAAAGCUUGCAGUAUGAGGAUAGCACAUGGGAAUUAGAAGAAGAUAUUGAUGUUGAUAAAAUUAGACAGUAUAAAACAUUCAGCGAAAUUCCGCCUAAAGAAAAGUGGAAGUUUAAAAAAAGACCUUCGGCGGAUCAGUGGGUACAAUUAAAGGAAUCUCCCUUAUACAAAGGCGGAAACACGUUAAGGCCCUAUCAGUUAGAAGGAUUAAACUGGCUACUGUUUUCUUGGCACAAUAAUCGUAAUUGCAUACUAGCAGAUGAAAUGGGAUUAGGUAAAACCAUUCAAAGUUUGACAUUUGUAAAUUCUGUUUGGGAAUAUGGAAUUAGAGGGCCUUUCUUAAUAAUAGCUCCUCUUUCAACUAUACCUAACUGGCAGAGAGAGUUUGAAGGAUGGACUGAAAUGAAUGUAGUUGUUUAUCAUGGAUCACAACAAAGCAAGAGCAUGUUACAAGAAUAUGAAUUCUAUUAUAAGAAUGAACAGGGAGAACCCAUUAAAGAAAUAACUAAAUUUAAUGUACUUAUUACAACUUUUGAGAUAAUUGUGACAGAUUUCCAGGAAUUAAAAUCAUUUAAUUGGCGUAUUUGUGUAAUUGAUGAAGCCCACAGACUCAAAAAUCGUAAUUGCAAGUUAUUGGAAGGAUUGCGGCAACUUCAUUUGGAGCAUAGAGUGCUGUUAUCUGGAACACCACUUCAAAACAACGUUAACGAGUUAUUUUCCCUCCUUAAUUUCUUAGAGCCUUCUCAAUUCUCAAGCAGUGAUGCCUUUUUAAAUGAAUUCGGUCAACUUAAAACAGAGUCUGAAGUGCUGAAACUGCAAGCACUCUUAAAACCCAUGAUGCUACGACGUCUCAAAGAAGACGUCGAAAAAACGUUGGCUCCCAAAGAAGAAACAAUUAUUGAGGUGGAGUUAACGAAUAUACAGAAAAAGUAUUACAGAGCUAUCCUUGAAAGAAACUUUAGUUUCCUACAAAAAGGUACUGCAUCUGCAGCUAACAUACCUAAUUUAAUGAAUACAAUGAUGGAACUUCGCAAGUGUUGUAUUCACCCAUAUUUAUUAAAUGGUGCUGAAGAUCAAAUACAAUUUGACUACAAGCAGGCCAAUGGAGAGGAUAAAGAGGCGUACUAUAAAGCACUUAUUGAUUCAUCCGGUAAAAUGGUGCUUGUAGAUAAAUUAUUACCAAAACUAAAAGCUGGUGGUCAUCGAGUUUUAAUAUUUAGUCAAAUGGUUAGAUGUUUGGAUAUUUUGGAAGAUUAUCUGUUAUUUCGAAAAUAUCCAUUUGAAAGAAUUGAUGGCCGUAUUAGAGGAAAUUUAAGACAAGAGGCCAUUGACAGAUUUUCAAAACCGGACUCCGAUAGAUUUGUGUUUCUACUAUGUACGAAAGCCGGCGGUUUGGGAAUAAAUUUAACAGCUGCCGAUACAGUUAUAAUUUAUGACAGUGAUUGGAAUCCACAAAAUGAUUUACAAGCACAAGCCCGUUGCCAUCGGAUUGGACAACAAAAGAUGGUUAAAAUUUACAGAUUAAUAUGUCGUAAUUCGUAUGAAAGGGAAAUGUUUGAUAAGGCAUCAUUAAAAUUAGGUCUAGAUAAGGCUAUAUUGCAAAGUAUGAACACUACACAAGGAAAAGAAACAGGCCCUAAGCAAUUGUCUAAAAAAGAAAUUGAGGAUUUACUUAAAAAAGGUGCAUAUGGAGCAGUGAUGGAUGAAGAUAAUGCAGGUGAUAAAUUUUGUGAAGAAGACAUUGAAAUGAUUUUAGCGCGUAGAACUCAAGUUAUACAGAUGGAAUCUGAAAAGGGUUCAACGUUUUCUAAAGCUAGUUUUGCAGCAGCAGAUCAAAGAUCUGAUAUUGACAUCAGAGAUCCUGAUUUUUGGAAUAAAUGGGCUAAGAAAGCUGAAAUUGACACCACAGAGAAAAAAGAAGACGAAGAUCUAAUCGUCACGGAACCCAGAAAGCGCACAGUUAUCAAAAGAUAUGGCCAUGAUGAUGGACCUAUGGAAAUGUCGGAUAUGGAAGUUACCCCAGAUUCUGAUGAAGACGAAGAAGGCAUAAGUUUAAGAAGUAAGCGGAAGAAGGAAAAAUUUGGCAAGAAAGGAAGAAGGUAUGCUAGUGACGAUUAUAUACCCCGUCAUGAAGGUGUCCCAAUAGAUGAAGAAGUUGUUUAUGGAUCAUGGACAAGAUCGGAAUGUUUUAAGAUAGAAAGAGGUCUACUAACAUUUGGUUGGGCGCGAUGGGAAGAGAUAGUGGAGAAGAAUCAGUUUAGAAAAGGCUGGACGAUUCCUGUCAUUGAAGAUUGUGCUCGAAUAAUUGUAUUGUAUUGCUUACGACACUACAAAGGCGAUGAAAAAAUUAGAAACUUUAUUUGGGAUCUAAUAGAACCUUGUGAAAAUGGUGAAGUAACAAUAUCCAGAAACCAUAGUGGUCUGCAUAAUCCUGUGCCACGAGGUAGAAAUGCUAAGAAGAAAAAUAGACCAAAAGAUUUGCCUAAACCUAAUGAUCUUCAAAAAUGGGAGGAUCUCAAUCAUUGGAGUUCUACAGACAAAUAUGAUUGUGAAACAUAUUUAGAAAAUAGUUAUAAGAAACAUUUAUUUAGACAUGCUAAUAAGGUUUUGCUGAGAGUGCGUAUGAUGUAUUAUAUAAAACAUGAAGUAAUCGGAGAUUAUGCAACACAAAUUGAAAAUGGACUUCAUGCCAGCGCUUUGGGCAUGCGUGUGCCACGUGGUGUCGAUAGUACACCACCGCGACUUUGGUGGGACAGCGAGUGCGACGUUUCUUUGUUAGUAGGAACAUACAUUCACGGUUACGAAAAUUAUUUGGCGAUGCGGUCAGAUCCGCAACUCUGCUUUGUAGAUAAACUAGGUCCACCAGAUGACGCAGAAUGUACAGACAUAAAGAGCGAGGAACGCAAGGUGCGCGGUGCUGUGGGCCUUGGCGACGAAGACUGUACCGAUGACGUGUCCAGUGGCGCUGGCGCCACGUCGCCCGCCGCCUCGCCGCGCCCUGACGACGACAGCGCUCAGGGCGGCGGGCCGCACCUCUGGCCCUCCAUGCAGGACCUUAACACGCGCCUGCGCAGGCUCAUCACUGCCUAUCAAAGAAACUAUAAACGCGAGGAACUCAAAAUGCAACAGCGAGCCAAGAUGGAGCGCAGAGAGCGAAUGGAUCAGCUUGCUAGAGACGAAGUAUCGCAGUGGCGGUGGUCUCGUGCCGAUGAAGAGGCCUUCCGUCGUACAGUAGCAUCGUAUGGAGUCGAAUUCGACCCAACUACGAAAAGUCUUCGUUGGAGUCGGUUUAGAACGUUAGCGCGUUUGGAUUCCAAAAGCGAUGAUGCUUUAACGGAUUACCUGAAAGCAUUUAUGGCCAUGUGCAAACGUCAAUGUGGCUUGUCUGUAGGUGAAGCUGAAUUGCCCACAAGAGCAGACUUAAAAGCCGAGCCUAUUGGAGAAGAUAGAGCCAUAGCUACACUUGAAAGAAUUGACUUAUUGCGAGUAUUACGCGAAGAGGUCGCACCACAUCCCGCGUUGGAUACACGACUAGCUUUGUGCGAGCGCUCACCGGACACACCACCGUGGUGGCAACCCGCUAGGCAUGAUAAAUUGUUGGUUCUAGGAGUGUGCAAGCACGGUCUAGGAGAUACAUAUAGCAAACUAUUUUGUGACCCGAAAAUGCCAUUCGCUGACUGCGCUAGCAAGUGGUAUGUAAAUCAUAAAAGUGCGAGUAAUGACGCGCAUAAAGUAUCGUCCGACGAAGAGGAUGGGGCUGCUGAAGAGUCGAAUGACGGCCCUGCUGAUGGACGUGUCGCUCUACGCCGCAGUAAGCGUACCUCCGCUGCUCCCGAACGCACCGCCGAUGACGACACAGACGCAUUGUCCGAACUCGAGACUCUUGCCAAACUCGGCCGCAUCGAGGACUCACUGCCGCCCGAGCGCUGGUUCAGCGAGCGCGCUCUGGAGACGCGUCUGCACCACAUCGCUCAUGCCGUCCAAAACCGUGAGUGGCCCGCCGCUGCCACUAAGCCUGAUGUGUCUGAUGACCGUAAGCAUGCACAGAAACGCCACAUCGCCAUCGAUGUUGAAACUGAUCGCGCCAAACUGCACGCUCUACUGUCGUCGCCGCAGCAGGCGCACUCGAGUGGCGCCACACCCGCGCCCGCACCUGACGCCGCACCUCCGCCCGCCCACCAGCGUGUGGCCGCGUCACCUGCGCCUCCCCCGCAACCCGUCGUAUCUACUCCGACGACCGCCGCGCCCGUUGACCUGUCGGCACCGCUUGACCUCAGCGAGGCGCAUGACUUUAGUGUGGCGCGCCGCUCCGAGACAGCGCCGACCCCCUCCCGUGGUCGCUUGGAUGACACACUCUCAAGGCUUAUGAAGAGAAAGAAUGUGCCCGCGCCUGAACAAAUAGUUGGCAAAGAAAAGAAGAGAAAGAAGUUGGAUGAAAUAGUUUUGGGAUUGUCGGCGGCGAAGUGUAAAAGCCCAACGGCGUCGUCGUCGGAGCCACCACGGGGGCGUGGACCAGUACUGCCAGACGUUACGGUGACUCCAGCAGCACCGCCAUCAUCCUCUUCUGUUUCACCCGUUCAAAAACCGUUUUCAGUUACUGUUACUAAUGUUCCUUCGCCCCAAGCUUCAGCUAAGGAACUAUCGUCUUUUCUGCAACAGUCCUUGGAGCAAUCAAAAAUGCCAAAAGCUUCGUCAAUGACACCGAUAAAAUCAUAUUCUCAUGAAGCGAAAGUAAAUAAAUGGUUAGCAGAGCAGGCCAGUGUUGAUACACGCCGACGCGGUGUAACACCGCGUCUCGCACCUGAAGAACACGUACCUGUGGUUCAUCGUGUCACUGGGAAACGAAUAAUUGGACCUAAAGCACCACAACUUAAGCAUCUCGCUCAAUGGAUUGCUGAAAACCCUAUGUACGACAUAGAUUCCAAAUGGACAGAAGGCAUUAAAGAACAUAUAAAGUUGCCUCAGGAUGUAAGAAGUCAAAGACAUUCGCCUAUGCAAAAUACAAGCAGUAUGAAUGAACGCAAAAAAGGUCGGCCGCCGUCAUUAGAUGCGUCAUCUGCAAAUGUUCUAUCUUCAAAUUCACAUUUGAAUCAAAGUUUGGCAGGCCUGAACCCAGCCCUUUUAGCUAGUUUAUCUAGUCUAAGCGCAUUCGAUCCUAAAACUUUAGCUGCAACACUUUCUAACUUAACAGGAUUUGAUCCCAAACUACUAAACACUUUUGAUCCAAAGCUGCUUUCCAGCUUAAGCAGUUUUGAUCCAAAAAAUAAUCCAUUACUGAAUUCUUUCAGUGGUAUGCCAAAUUUGUUGGGUAAUAUAACUGGUGGAAAUAUUUUCGCUAAUUUGGCCGGUUUGGGACUCCCAGGAUUUUCAUCUUUGGAUAUAAAUAAUCUGAGUUCAUCAAAUGUUACAACCGACACAAAAUCAAAAUCUCGAAAACCUACUGAAAGUGGAAAUCCCUCCAGCUCGAAGUCGACAAAUUCACAAUUUCCUUUUGUAUUUCCUAAUCCCAACAUGUUAUAUCCGCAGUUAGGAUUAAGUGGCCUGAAUCCGUUCGGCAUGCAUUCUGGUAUGUCGUCAGCCUAUGAUGCUCUAGGUUUGUUAAGCAAUAACAUUACAGCAAGCUCUGCAACCUCUACAUUACAAAGUGCCAGUCACAGUGCAUCACGUAGCUCUACAAAAACAACUACUCCUCGAUCGUCGACUGUAGUCACAAAUUCGUCUACAUCUAGGCAACAAAAAGUAUCUGAUCGCCAACAAUCAAAUCAACUCCCACAGAUACAUUUGCCACCUGAUCCAUAUCUUUUGGAGUCUCUUUCUAAACAAUCUUUAAAUUACGAUGCGAUCAUGAGGCCUGACAAAAGGUCACGUGAUAUUGACAAUCACGAAAGCACAGCUACUGAUUUAUCUAAGACUGAUAAGAAAAAAAUACCCUACGAUACAUUAAGGUCACACGUUCCCCCUGAAUUUGUAGCAGUCCAAGAAAAGCUGCUAAAAGGUGACAAAAAAGACAUUGAUAUUAGUAAAAUGUUACUAGAACAAAUGGCUUCUGGAGCCCUUAGUGCGAGCCUUGUUAGUUCAGUUGAAUCCAAGAAAUCCAAAGAUGAUAAGGAUUCUUCUGAGAAAACAAAUAAAGCAUCUUCAGAAUUCAUUUCAAGAUCAUUAGCGUCUGAUGAGGGAGCUUCUGGUUUGUCUUUAGCUCAUAAGCGAACUCAUGAUGAAAUUUCUAAUGAACCACAAAAUUUAGCACUUCAAACACCUGAGCUGAAUUCUGCAAAGAAAGUAAAGGAGAGUACUGGAUCUGAAAAAAUCUCAACAAUCGAGAAAGCAACUGAUCACUCAACACAUACUGGAGAAAUGGACCUUGAAGAUCUGAUAGCACCUUUAACGGUGAUUAAAACAGGCAUAAAAGGGGAUUUUGAUAGUAGUACAGUUGCUAAAAUGACGCCAAUAGAAAUGACAAGUACGUCGACACCAAACACCGACAGAGAUGACAAGUCCCAGUCGAAAAUAAUAGGCUCCUACCAUGAUAGCACUAUUCAAGGCGAUAGUAGCUCACUUAAUGAUGAGUGUGCUGUAAAGUUAGACAAUGAAUUGAAAGACACUUGUUCGCUUGAUGAAGCUGGUAAUGCAGAUAAUGAUGCUGCACGCAGAUGCAACAAAAAGAAAACUCGCAAACCAUCAGAAGAAAUGCAACCUGCAUGUCCACGACGGGAAUUGAGGUCAAGUUCUGGACGACAAUCAACUGAUUUAAAUACAAGUCAUUAA